AUGUGCUACGUUUACCGACACUGUCACGUCUGCUGUGACUGCAGCGUCAUCGUGUCCUCCAAGGACAAGGACGUCUGGUGCGACAAGCGCACCUGGGUCCGCCCCAACCCCUUCGAGCACGCCGUGCCCUACUGCCCCGACGGCCUCAAGCUGGUGGAACUCGACGACAACGUCGUGCGAUGCGUGGCUUGCCACUUUGGCCCCUCCAGCACCGCGCGAGAGGUCGGCACGCAUCGCCAUUGA